CCAACAGUGUGUUUGUGUGUGUGUGUGUGUUCGUCUCAACGUAGCACGAAAUGUGUCUCCUCUCAGCAAAGAUACACACACACACCUACGUGAGACGUGCUAGUUAACGUUUUUUUUAGUGUCCGCUUCCCCUCCCCUCGAUGAAGCGCUGCGAUGCCCUCUGAUUUUAUAUCCCUCCUUAGCUCGGACCUCGACCUCAAUUCCCCCAAAUCUCUAUACUCUAAAGAGUCGGUAUAUGACCUCCUCCCCAAAGAGCUCCAGCUCCAGCCGUCGUCCACCCAGGCAGACCCACCCACCAUGAGCCAGAAGAGUGGGGGAGAGGCGGGACCUCCCCCCUCUGCAGCCUUGGCCUCAGAUGCCACCUCUUCCACCUCCAGCCCCUCUGCCUCUUCCUCCGUGGCCAUGGGAGUCCCAUGCUCUGGUAUCUCCACUGGUUCCUCUACCUUACCCUCAGACCAACUCAAGGUUCCCCAGCAUCUCCACUCCACCGGAGGGGAUGGAGCUGGAGCAGAAAUGCAAGGUAUGGAGGGUGCUGUAUCUGCCCCCAACAGAGGCAACAGUGGAGCAAACACUGCAGCAGGAGAUGUAGGGUCAGGAGUGUUGUCAGGGCUAGGAGUCCAGCAGCCUCAGAACACCCCAUCAAAACGGAGGCCUGUAUUGAGCAUAUCCCCACCACCUGAGGACCUAUUUGACGACAGCCAGAUGUCUUGCCAAGAUGAGCCCACUGUAUCUGCUCCAACAGGUCCAGACUCUGAGCAUAGCAGCAGUAUGUGGGCUGAUGACUCUGUUUCCAACUUCAGCUUGAUCAGUUCCAUCUCCUACAAUGACAACACAGAGGUGCCACGCAAGUCUAGAAAACGCACCCCUCGCCAGCGACCUGGCCCCAAGCCUGCUCCUCCAGAGGACAGCAUGGAUGUGUUUGAUGCUGACAGCGCCAAGGCGCCUCACUUUGUCCUAUCCCAGCUGGGCCCAGACAAGACCAGUCCCAUGGCCAGUUCACUUGAGUCAGGGACUGCAGUGAAGGGUGGGUCACUGUCUACUCAGUUCCCCCAGAGGAGUGAUGGGAAGGAGCUAAAGAUCCUGGUGCAGCCAGAGACCCAGCACAGAGCUCGCUAUCUGACCGAGGGCAGCAGAGGUUCUGUCAAAGACCGCACACAGCAGGGAUUCCCCACUGUCAAGUUGGAGGGUGUGAGUGAAUCAGUUGUGCUGCAGGUGUUUGUUGCGAAUGAUGCAGGUAGAGUGAAGCCUCAUGGUUUCUACCAGGCAUGCAGGGUGACAGGACGCAACACUACUGCUUGCAAGGAAGUGGACAUAGAGGGCACCACCGUUAUUGAGAUUCCUCUGGAGCCCAGCAAUGACAUGACACUUGCGGUGGACUGUGUAGGAAUUUUGAAACUACGUAAUGCAGAUGUGGAGGCCCGUAUUGGUGUGGCAGGAUCCAAGAAGAAGAGCACCCGUGCCAGGCUGGCCUUUAGAGUCGGCAUCCCCCAAUCUGAUGGAUCAGUCCUCACUCUACAGGUCCCCUCAUCACCCAUUCUCUGCACCCAGCCAGCAGGAGUGCCAGAGAUCCUGAAGAAGAGUCUUCACAGCUGCUCAGUGAGAGGGGGAGAGGAAGUUUUCAUCAUCGGAAAGAACUUUCUCAAAGGAACCAAAGUUAUUUUUCAGGAGAACGUUGCAGAUGAUAACUCCUGGCAAGCUGAGGCAAAGAUUGACAUGGACCUUUUCCAUCAGAACCAUUUGAUAGUGACAGUCCCUUCAUUCCACAACCAGUCAAUCACUUCCCCAGUUUCUGUGGGAAUCUUUGUGAUGACCAAUGCUGGUAGAUCACAUGACGCCCAGCCCUUCACCUACACUCCAGACUCAGCUGAUAACUCAAAUGUCCGGACAGUAAAAACAGAGGGACCCUCCCUGGUCAAGACGUGUAUAUUUGAUGGUCAGAUCAAAUCUAUGUCCUCUGACCAAACUGACUGCUCUAGUCAGCCUUCCAAACGGCAAGAGGACACACCAAUGGAAGUGUCUAGCAAUCCUCCAGCCGCAGAUGUCUUUAAGCCAUCCCCCGACCCUCUUGUGUCAGUGCAGCAGACCCUGGAGCUCAGCUCUAGUCCUCAUCCGAGUGGAGAGUCCUUUCAGAGCCCAAUGCCCCUACAACCUGAGGAUGUGGAGCUUCCCCAGGCGCCCCCUGUCUUUCCGAGCCUAGAGUCUCUCGGCACGAUACAAAAGCAAGACAUUGCCCCCGCAGCCUCCUUCCCAGUGUCAGGAGAUCCCACAAUUCCCCCUGUAACACCAGAAGUCCCUCAGCAAUUCCUCAGAGACCCUCAGGAGAGCUUGCCUCCUGAAGGUUCCAACAGUAGUGGUGGGGUCGUAGUUGUAGCCAUGCCCCAGAUAUCAACUCCCUCUCAGCCCCAGCCACAACAGUCACAGGUUCCAUUAUUCCCCCAGGAAGGGGUGGCCCAGCUGGAGAGGGCAGUAAGGGAGCUACAGGCUGGAAGUAACACCACACUCCAGCAGGUUUUGGAGGCAGCUGUAGCCCAGCAGCAGCUAAACUCUGUACUGUACAGCCCCACACCCUCUGCAGAAUCCCUUCAGCAGCAUGUCCAGGAGAACAUGAACAGCCUUAGAUUGGGAACCACAGAUAAUUCACUAUCGACACAACAACAGAUACAGAUACAACAGCAGCAACAAAUGCAACAACAACAGCAGCAACAACAACAAAUACAGCAACAGAUACAGAUACAACAGCAUCAACAACUGCAACAACAGCAGCAGCAAAUCCUUGAUAACCUUCAGCAACAACAGCAGCAACAUCUGCAGCAGCAACAGCAGCAAGUCAUUGGAAACAUGCAGAUUCAACAACAACUUAUACUACAGCCACAAGACCAACAGCAACUGCAGCAGCAGCAGCAAAUCAUGGAGAAUAUUCAACAGCAACAGUUGCAACAAAAUCAGCAACAGCAAGUCCUUAACAACAUCCAACUUCAGGAUCAGCAACAAAAUCAAAUGCUUAGCAAUUUACAACAACAUCAGCUACAACAGCAGCAGCAACAACAGCAGCAAAAUCAGGCUUUGAGCAACCUACAACAACAACAACAACAACAGUUGCAAGAACAGCAGGUCUUGGAGAACUUACAGCAGCAACUUCAGGCUGAGUUGCUCCAACCCCAGAUCCGCCCCACCCCCCAAGUACAGCAGCCAGUCUCACUCCUUCAACAGGCUGGAGAGCUGCUCACCAUCCAGACCAGCUUCCCAACACAGCCUCCAUCCCACACCUCUCCCCCACAGCAGCUCUUCCAGUCCCCCAGGCCUCUUGCCGAGACCCAGGGCUCCCAACAGCAGGUCCAGGCUGCCCUACUCCAGAACACACUAACUGUUCUGACUAGUGGCAGUCUCAAUUCAGAGCAGCAGUCCACAGGGUCAACCCUAUACCUGUCCCCAAACCCUCAGCCCCAACAACAGCAACAGUUGGCAUUCAUCUCCUCCAUGGAGACAUCUACCAGUCAGCCCCAGUCUGUUUCAAUGUUUCAGAACCAACCCCAAGCUCAGCUUUCGCAAAUGCAGCAACAGAGCACCCCCAUGGAGCAGCAACAGUCUCCACAGCAAAACCAAGAACAGCCACCACAGCUUCCAAUGGGUCAGCAGGGCUCCUUGUUCCAAAGUAUCCCAAACCACUCACAGCCAAACCCUGUCCCCCAGAGCCAGCUCUCCCAACAGCAGCAGGCAGGUCUGCUCCUCUGUACCACAGAUCUUAACCCCCAAGCUAUUCCCCCAACUAUCCUAUUCAGUACCCAGACCCAAGGCCCUCCUCCUAUAGGCAGCAUUAGUGUUGGAAUUCCCCAGCCAGACCCAGCAGAGCCCAUGUCCUUCCAAGACCAGAGCUCCUCAGGCAGCAACUCGACAUCCACUGAGAACCAACAGCAGAGCCUGUUCCAGGAACAGCAGCCAAUGCAAGUGGGCCCAAGCUCCAGCCGCGUCCCAAGCAAUCAACCUGUGGAGCUGUUCCUGCCACAGACGUCUCUGUCCAGCCUGCAGAAUACUAUUGGCUCACAGGAGCUGAAUACCCAGGCUCCAGCCCCUGGCACAACCAUCUUUGUGGUGCAGGGAGGUGUGGGUGUAGUAGCCAGCCCUGGCCAGCAGCCCCCAGAGCAGCUUUUCCAGACAACUGUUGGUGGGAAUGUGGCUCCACAAGGACAAGCCAACCUGUUUGUGUUUGGCAUCCAAAACGACUCGCCCCAGCUGCUCAAUUCCUCCGGAUCCACCCUGCCAGCUCAGAGCCAGGCCCAAAACUCCAGUCACAUGCAGCCUCUCUUGGACCAGCCCAUGGCCCAGGCUGCAUCCUCAAUGCCAGCUGCCAUGCAUAGCAACUUACAGAACACCCUUCAGGCACAAAUGCAAUCCAGUUUAGAGAACGCCAUGCAGACCAGCCUACAGAAUACAAUGCAGACAAACACACAAACGGCUCUGCAGUCCAGUUUACAGGCAACUAUAGAAACAAGCCUGCCAACUCCAAUGCAGACCAAUCUACAGACACAGAUUCAGAGCAGCUUACAGAAUACAUUGCAGUCAUCAAUAUCUGCAUCGUCCAACAUGGAUAAAAUUGAGGACCUACUGGAAAGCCUACAGAAGCAGUGAUAAAUGUUUGGACCAUGUGGGCACUAAGGAGAGUGCGCGAUAUGUAGCCGAGAGUUAUACAUCCUAACAUCAACAAACGGACUGGUGGUGCGUGGUGUUUUGUGUCAAUGCCACAAAACUUUUAAAAAUUUAAAUAUUUAAGAAUCCAAUGCCCCUUUUACCUAAAACCCAAAUUAUGAGCUCAUGUAACUCCUUGUUUUUAUGAAAUAUUUAUCAUAAAUUAUAGCCUUCAUACAUUCAUUGUCCUUGAAUUGAUGAAUCCGCCUUUGUUAUUACCCCUCUUGCAGGAUCAGAGAGGCCUGUAAUAACUGUUUUAUCCAUCAGUCUCAAAAAUGCAGUGUUUAGUUUUCAAGACUGUUUUAAUAAUGUGAGCCUAAGAGAUGGGCAAACCUACCAGGUUUGGUGGAAAAACUGGAAAAGGAUAAAGAAUGUCAGUGACAGGAAAAUUAAUGUGAGAUAAGCAGGCAGAGUGGAUAAAACGGCCAGCCACAGAUUGAAAAUCAGAUUGCACAUAAGUGUCGGACAUAGGCUGAAUCUCAUUUUUUUUUGUGUGUCUAAACUCCGAGCCUUGGCUUCACUCUAAGAGGCAGAGGCUAUGAGACAUGUUUUUGUUUGUUUUUUUGUUUUUUCUGUCAUGUGGAGCAGCUGAAAAUGGAUGGAGAAUACACAAACAUCAUAAAUAGAGGGAUGGAUAAUGUCACAACCUCUUUUCCAAUGGAGGACACACUAUUUUUUGCGAUUAAUCAAACCUUGUGUCAACAUUUUGACUGAAAUGUACUCUAAAGAGUAAAGACUAUUAAAUUUUGUACAUUUGUAGAAUGUUUUGCCUCCAUCCAUAUUUGCUGGCAUGGCUGGAGUCCGCACCUGAACAGAUAUUGAUCAGGAGGGCAGUUGAAAAUUGACUUAAAAAAAAGUUCAAUCUUUGGAAAAAAAUUAAAUGAACUGACUCGUCAAAAUGGGGUAUGAAUACAUUCUGGUAUUGCAGUGGAUUCCCCCAAGUGCAGAAAGAAGAGGGAAUAUUAAACACUCGCAAAUGGGAUUCAACCUGGUGAAUAAUGUGACUUGGCCUUUUGUUUUGGCGUCUCCCAGUGUUUUCAUAUGUUCAGGCCUCAUCACUGGGUUUGCAGAAGCUUUCUCGGUGAACUUUUUAGAAGCAUUCAACUAUGUAGUGUGUCUAUCUUAUUUUUUGUUUUUGAAAAAGUUGGUAACCUUUACCAAUUCAAUGUGGAUAGAAAGAAACUUUCCACUAGUGAAAACGGAGUGUUGUGUGGUUUUAUAAACAUUUUAUCUCAAGCACUUUAUAACCUCUUUUGUGUAACCAGCUAAUCCUUAUAUCCGUCCACAGCUCUCUACUGACCCAGCUGAAUUUGUACUCAGAACCAUCCAUUUAAAAAAAAACAAAAAAAAAACAA